AUACGUAUAGUGCAGUUGAUUAAAUAAUUGACGCUUUCUUGUAAUUAGCAAACAUUUUUAAGAAUUUAAUGGAUAAAAACAUAUAUCUUUAGGAAUGCGUAAGAGGCUGCUUCUGCCUACCAGGACUCCUAUGGAGAUCUCGCAGAUCGAAUACAUGCGUUUAUGAAAUAAUGUGUCCACGUUAAUUGAGGACGUUUUUAAAUGCGAAAAAAGUAUCUGUAACGUAUAAUAUAUUAUAUAUGUAUAGUGCUUCGAUGCUGUCAAUAACUACUACCAACGUAAAUAAGAUGAAUAAAGCACGUUAAUACGUUCGACUAUGUUUCACCUGACAAUGCCGCUUAUUUCGUUAGGAUAAAAGAAGAAGAGAAAAACACAAGGUCGAGUGUACAGUGCAGAUGAUUAAAUAUCUGACGCAAUAUUUUAUUUUGCAAAAUGGCGAUAACAAGGCGAUUCUCAAGUAUAAAAGAAUGUAAUAGAAAUUACUUCAUUUUAGUAUCACUUUCGAAAGUGAUAUAUCCUAUUGUGAUAAGUGAUAUAUCCUAUAUAGAAUGAAUAAAUUUUUGAUCCUGCUUCUUUUUAUGGUCAGCUUGGUCGCCCUUUCCAAUCAACAAUCAUGCGGACCGAAUCAGGUUUACCAAACUUGUGGCCCAAUAUGCCGCCCAUCGUGUGACUUCCCACGACAUAUGAUUUGCCCUAAAGUCUGCGUCAGAGGCUGCUUCUGCGUACCGGGAUAUGUAUCAACGUCCCACAUGUCACGUGAAUGCAUUCCCCCGUACCUUUGUCCGACAUAAUUCUCAUAUGAUUUCCAUCAUAGAAAUUUGAC